UUUAGGGACAGAUGAUGCCAUGUGAUUGGGCUUGGCGCCCAGUCCAAGUGAAGACUGGGGAUUUCCUCUCUUCUCGCCAUUCAAGCCCGCAAUUACGUGCCUUCACCAUUUAUCUAUCUUCCAGUGCAGUCUCCUGGCUUGCUAUUCAAUGUUUGUAUUUCACCAUUGUUCAAAAAGCAUUAUUAGAACCAUGCAGGAGCAAUAGGCCCAAACUGCUUUCUCAUAAUGAAGUUGUGUUUGGCAGCAAGUUUGGCCUCGCUGUUUCUGCCCUCAACAAGUGAAUAAGGGAACGAUGGGGGACUAUUAAAGAUGGUAUCUCUCAGUGAUACCUGCGAAUGUUAUCUUCAUUUGCCUGCAGGGUAGGAUAUAAGGCCAGUGCCUGUGUCUCACCUCGAUCCCGCUCAGAGGCUCAGCUACCAACAACAAUCAAGCAAUAACGCCCCGAGACGAAGAAAUAAUGCCGGGCCGUGUGCUCACCCAGUUCUUCUUUCCCUCCUCGUCGGGGUCUCGUAGAAGCAAGGCCAAGAGCUCCUCCCGAUCGCGACCGCCGUCGAUCAACAUCUCCAAGAACUCGGGAGGCAAUAUCUAUCCAUGGAUCUGGAUGAACACCCCUGCGACCUGCGCCUCUUGCUCUUGUACCAAGCGCCACGAAGAGUGGAAGGAUGAGUCCACCGCCAGGCCGUCUCGAAGCGAGCGUCGCCAGCGUCUGAUAUCAAUGUCUCCCCCGCCGCCAAACACUUGGAGCCCAUUGCCGCCGGGCCCAGCGUCUCCCCAUCCGCCAUCGCCGCCAUGCAUUGCCCCAUAUCCUCGAUGGUGCGACCAUCAGCCCGCCCGAGCAGGCCAUCAAGCCGCCCACCACAAACCCCCUCACCACGAUGACACUAGUACUGUGGAUCGCUUCCUCCGCUUCUCCGAUCACUGGAGCGACGUCGAACAGGCGCCGAGUUGCUUCAUUCCGCGACCGCAUGGUGCCGCCUCGCGGGCUGCUUGUCCCAGACAUCACGCGCCCCCGCCCGACGACGCGGAUGACCGGGUCCUCCACUUUUCCGUGGUCGACAGCACCGCGGGGCGAGAAUUGGCGGAUAUCGGGGUGGGCCAGUACAUCAUUACAUGCGCUGCAGGUAAUAUCCUAAAUGUGCUCUCCGGCCUUGCACCCGAGGGGUCUGGUCGGUAUCUCGGCGUAACAUGCCGCACUCCGCAAGGGGUGGAACACGGCGGGCUGGACCUCCUCGAUAGAGCCGUUCCCUUUGGGUGGAAGUUCAAAGUCAUCAUCGAGGACUGACUGUUGGAUGUAUCUCGCUUUGAUUAGCCAAAUAGCGUCGAGCUCAUGGACCCCGUUCUUGCAGAGGAAUCCAGGGGCAGGUGUGGAUGUCGGUUUCAGCUGACUAGCGUGGAUUACUGCACACCUACCUAGGUACCUACCUACUUCAAUAGUCACCAUCGACACAUUUUCUGACCAAGUCUGUAUUAGUCGUAGAACCUGGGCAGCUUGCCGCUUUAAUGGUGAGACGCAGUGAGCACCACCUGAGCUGAGUUAAGGAUGCAACUUGUUUCCACCCCUGGUUACAGUUGCUAUAAGAAACAAAUUUGACUAACAUCUAACAUUGCACACCCCCCACCUUGGGUCCAGCUUGGAUAUUGCCUGUAUUUGAUGAACUUGUACCUAUUAUAUCAAACUAUCCAACCACAUCCGCAUACAUAGUUUGGCAAUACCAAAACAGAUCAACCGGUUGUUGUGUCGGGUGAAGUUGACCAUGUCACACCUGUC